AUGCAGAUUGGCGACGGGCUUAAAAGGAACCACAACAUAAUGGUCAAGCCAUGCAGCCGUGCGCAUGUGACGUCCAUACUUGGCCCAUCUGUCCUCGUUGUCUCCAGCUCGCCUAAGCUCUUUCAGUGCCGGCGUCAGGAUUCGAACCUGGCUCGGGUGACAUACAAGCCACGGUAUCUGCCCUGUGGCAUUCUCGUAUCCAUGGCAGUUUUGCUUAGCGCUGACGUGUAG